AUGCAAUCAGCCCCCGAAGGCCUUAUAGACUAUCAGGACGAGAGAGAUGUGGCCAUUGCUUGGGAGUUCAAUCUUUGGAAGAGCGCCGAGACGGCACGAUUCGAAGCUGAGCUCAAAAAACUACAGCAGGAGCGGUUUCAGGCGAUAAGAGACGAGUUCAGCGCCCGCUCUGCUGCUCUACGAGAAGAGUAUGCGGCAAAAUUAUCUGCCAUAGAAGAUUUGGAGGCAUCUGUUGAUGAUGCUAUCGCAACCACCGCCAAGAAGACAGCAGAAUAUAAACUACAGCGGCAAGGUCUAAGCAGGGAAGCAAAAAUGAUAAAAGAAAAUCUACAGAAGCAGAUCACAGAAGCAGAGACAGUCGCAAACGAAUCUCGGGCUGAAGCAGAGGCAAUUCUGGCUGCGCAGAACACAAAAGCCGAUCAAAUGGAAAGCCAAGCCCGGUUCUUCUACGAAGAACUUCAAAAGGUCCAAAAGCGCAGGGAACAGGAAAGUGCUCAAAUCAUCAAAUUUAUAGCUUCGAGCGCAAAUGACCCUGGACAGCAGGCUUACAAUAAUCUUCUAGAGCUGCAAAGGGAAAUGGACGCCGCGGUCUCCAAGCGCGACUUCCUUGAAGCAGAGUUAGCCGAGCUCAAUGCUCAGCUGCAAACGCUUAUGACCAAUAUUGCUAUUCUGCGGCACGGUCUCUCUCCCGAUAGUCCCCUGAAUUAA